AUGUUAACGGGUGAUUCGCUGUGGGGGAAGUGGAUUCGGAGUUAUCUAUUGAAGAAGAGAAGUUUUUGGGAGAUAAAGAACCACACUCAAUCUGGUUCUUGGAUGUGGAGGAAGAUGCUAAAGCUGAGAGAUAUUGCUAAGGAUUUCUGCAGGAAGGAAAUUGGUAAUGGCAGACACAUAUCAUUUUGGUAUGAUACUUGGUCUGAUAUGGGGAUAAUCUAUGAUAUCCUGGGUGAAAGAGGAACAUUACAGUUGGGGAUAAGGAAAGAAGCUACACUGGAAGAAGCAGUCUGCAGUGUGAGACGAAGAAGAUCUUAUCGCUCUGCAGUUCUACAAGAGGUGGAGAGAAAUUUAACUGCUAUCAGUGACAAGUUGAGUAGUGACAAAGAGGAUAUGUGUCUUUGGAGAGGGAAGUCGGGAUACAAACCAAAAUUCACUACCAAGGAGACUUGGCUCAACUUAAGACCAACUAGUAUACAGCAAGUGUGGACGCGAGGUGUCUGGUUUCCUAUGGCGACUCCGAGAUUUGCUUUCAUAGUGUGGUUGGCUAUGCAGAAUAGAUUAUCCACUAUGGAUAGAAUCUCUGUGUGGGAUAGGGGAGUGGAUACAACCUGUGUUCUAUGCAAAUUGGAUGCUGAAUCUCGCGACCAUUUGUUCUUUAAAUGUGUAUACUCUGCUCAGCUUUGGAAGUCACUAGUGAAAGGCAUGCUUGGUAAUGCAUAUUCAGAAGAUUGGGCUUUGAUUGUGCAGAUAGUUUCAAAGGGUGGUCAUGAAAAGAAGCUAUUGUUCUGCCUUAGAUAUGCUUUUCACGCAGCUGUCUAUGGCAUUUGGAGGGAGAGAAACAGAGUUAGGCAUGGAGAGAGUGUGUUGCCUGUGACAACAAUCAUAAAGCUCACGGAUAAAGGAGUCAGAAACAAGCUUAGUCUUGUUAAAAUGAAGAGGAGGAAGGGCAUGGAAGAUAUUUUAAGCUAUUGGUUUCAAACAAGAAGUAGUUGA